AUGGCGUUCAAUGGAUACGAAAUUAACUGGUGGUGUUUACAAGACAGUCAAUCUAGAGAACUAGUAGAUGCUGCGUCUCCAGCUUUUAAAUACUGUUCUGUGAACAGUACCAAUGGAUGUAUUAGAGUAUAUGAAAUUGGAAUCAGAAAUGUGAUAUCAGAGUUUGAUUUGGUGUGUGAGGAUUCGUGGAUUCCACCCACCAUCACCUCAAUACAGAUGGUAGGAUUGACAAUUGGAUCAUUUCUAGGAGGACAAGCUGGUGAUUCCUUUGGUAGAAAACCAACGUGUUACCUCUCAAUAUUUUUACAUUCACUGUUUAAUAUAUUCAUCAUCUUCUCUACCAACUGGCAAUUGUUUGCAGUCUUCAAAUUUCUAAUAGGAUGUGCCAUUGGUGUAUAUUUUGUGGUCAUUAGCUACACCACCGAAUUCGUUGGAUUAACCAAAAGGGCUAUGGUGUUAUCCCUACCAUUCUGGUCCCUAGGGGGGUGUCUUCUAGGUUUAUUAGCAUAUAUGGUACCUGACUGGAGAUACCUUCAUGUUAUUAUCGGUGUCAUAAUGCUGCCUUAUCUCUUCGGAUGGUUUUUUGUUCCCGAAAGUGCUAGAUGGUUAGCCAUAAAGAAUCGUAUUGAAGAAGCCAAACAAGUGAUAGAAAUAAUAGCCAUGAGAAAUAAGAUGCCAGUACCACAAAAAGCUGAAAUGAUUAUCAGACAAAUAGCAAAACAAGAGGAAGGCAGACGGAAAUAUACUUAUUGUGAUGUUUUCAAUAGUUGCAUUGUCUUGAAGAAAACUAUUUGUAUUUGUAUAUUGUGGUUAUUUUGUUCCGUAGUGUAUUUCGCUAUAUCGUUUGAUGUUGAUGUUUUAUCUGGUGAUUUAUUUGUGAAUUUAUUUGUAAUGAAUGUAAUUCAGAUACCUACAGCUGUACUUUGUAUGUAUCUCUUGAAUAAAUGUGGAAGAAGAGUAACGUUAGCUGUACCGUUAUUCCUCAUUACUGGUUGUUGUCUGGUCGUACUUAUACUUGAACAAGUGAAAGAUGUUCAACAGAGUUCAGUUAUUACAGGUUUAACCAUAACGUCACUGUUACUGAACGGAUGGGCGUGGACAGCAUUGGUAGUAUUAACAAUAGAGUCUUAUCCUACUGCAAUAAGAAAUUUAGGUCUCGGUACAGCGAAUUGUUUUUCUCAAAUUGGCGGCAUCAUAGCUCCUUUUAUCUUUAAUUUGAGCUUUAAUAAAAUGGUACCGUAUGUAAUUAUGGGUAUAAUGAUGGCUAUAUGUGGCAUAUGUGCUUUACUUCUACCAGAAACCAACAAAAUGGCCCUUGAAGACGCAUUACCUGAAAUUGAAUUAUUGGAGAAGACGGUGGAGAAUAACAAUAACAAGUCCUCUACAUGA